AGCGUGGCGCAUCGUGCGCAUCCAUCCUCCCGAAGCGGCGCGUACAUUGCUCAAUGAACCGGAAGGACAGCCAGCAGGAACAGGCUGCAGCCGUAUUGCGCAAACAUCUACCAAGCUGAUAGCGGAUCUGUUGGUGUGACUGUGAGACCGUGUGUGUGUGUGUUUAUGGUGCGAUAGUGUUGUUGAGGUGGAGUAUGAGAACAGACACCCUGAAGAAGCAGAGCACUUUCCUCGCGUUAGGAAGCGUAUGAGCAGGAACGGGCAUGGCAGCAUGGAGCAUUACCGUGUCGGUUUGGUGUGUUGCGCUGUGGUGUGGGCUUGCUGGUGUGUUAUCUCCAGUGCGGGCAGCACCGAUACCGUCCGCACCGGUGGAGGAGGUUAACAGCUCGCUAGAUCCAGUCCAGUGGAAGGAAGCGGUCGGCGAGGAGGUGUACCGGGCGAAGCGCAAGUACCGACCAGAGGAGUGGGCCGCCGCUAACGCCGUCCUGGAUCUGCUGGAGCAGCUCAGAAACGCCCGUAAUCCGGCGUUCGCUCGCCGGAUGCUGGCCACUACAACGACUACAACCACCACGACCACCACGACCACACCUGCGCCACCACCGACGACAAGCGCCGGACCACAGAUAAAGCCACGGGCGGACAGAAGCUCGCGGCAGGAGGACGACGAGGUGCCGCAGUUCAACCCAGACGGGACGAUCAUGCUCCAGCUGCCGGGGAAGCUGUUUGGCAAUGCGACCAACUUUGUGCUGGCGGCGGCCAAGCUGUUCGGCGACUUCAUCACGAACACGGCUAUACGGACCGCCCGGUUUAUGCAGCUCUUUCAACCGAUUGCGGGUCGCCAUUUGUUCAUUCAAAUACCGACACCCAGCCCGUCGGGAGUGGACUGAACCCGAAAGGAUGCUGACGCGCUUUCGGAGCUGUAUCGGAUGAGCGGGAUCGGCCCUGCGACGGAGCGCAAUAUGUGCGAGCGAGUGAUUUACGCAACAGAGUGCAAGAGAGAGAGAGAGCGAUAAAUUAUUUAAUUCUAGACUAAUUACAACACAACCAGGAUACACAGAGCCAGGCUUAAUAAAUUAUUACUGCCGCUUUCACCGUUCCCGUGGCGUGGCCCGGUUUUGGCUGUCCUCGGUUCGGUGGAGUGCGGCACACCGCGUUAAACAUCCAG